GUGUACGACACAUGUGUGAGGACAGAGCUUGCCGGCCGCACGCGGAUCAUGGUCACAAACCAGCUGCACUUCCUGCCAGCUCAAGCCCACUACCUCCUUCCUGCUCUCCCUCCUCUCAUCGUGGUGGACUGACUGGUGAUGGUGGAGGGGGGGGGCACACAGCAGAGCAGGGAAAGGACAGGAGGUCGAGGUACCUGAAGGUCAUUACCUCGACCUCCUUUCCAAUCCCUCUUCACACCUCUUUGUCCUUUCCCACACCCAACCCCACCACUCCCUCCUCAGCGGUGGACUGGGUGGUGAUGGUGGAGGGGGGGCGCAUAGCAGAGCAGGGGCCGUAUGUGCAGCUGAAGGCGUCGGCACCCAAGUUCCAGAGGCUGCUGGAGAAGGCAGGCGCGCUGGAGGAGCAUGGGGACGCGGAGGUGGGCGGGGAGGGAGGAGAAACAGCCGGGGACGCGGCGGGGAAUGGUGGGGGUGAGACGAGUGCCGAAGCGGCAGCGGCAGCUGCAACAGCUGGCAGCAGCAGUGGUGGUGGUGGCGGUGAUUCUGCUGCAGCAGCGAAUGGCGAUUCUAGCAGCAGCAAUCGGGUUGGGGAGAAGAGUGGAACGGGGAAGGGGGAGAAAGGCGGAGCGUCAGGGGGAACGACCCUUGUCCAAACAGAGGAUAAGGCGCAGGGGGUGGUGAGCGCAGCAGUGGUGUGGCGGUAUGUGAGGGCCAUGGGCGGGUCGGGCGUGCUGGCAGUGCUCAUCUCGCUCUACGUGCUCGUGGAGGCAGCGAGGGUGCUGGCGAGCGUGUGGAUCAGCGUUUGGACGGGGUCCGUGUCUCAGGGGGAGGGGGAUGCUCAUGGAUCGCUGUACUUCGUGGCGGGGUAUUCGCUCAUCUCCCUCGGCCAAGUGCUGCUCACCUUUGCCAACCAGUAUUUUCUGGUGUUUUCCUCCCAGAGAGCGGCUCGUCGCCUGCACGAUGCCAUGCUGGCAGCCAUUCUCCGCGCCCCCAUGUCCUUCUUUCACACCAACCCCGUGGGGCGUCUGAUCAACCGCUUCACCAAGGACACGGCGGACAUAGACAAGAAUCUCGCGCAGUACACGUCGCUGUGCCUGGGAGGCAUAUUCCAGCUGCUCUCCACCUUCGCCCUCAUCGGCGUUCUCAACACCGUCGCCCUCUGGGCCAUCGUGCCGCUGCUGCUGCUCUUCUAUAUCGUCUACCUCUACUUCCAAAACACGGCCCGGGAGGUCAAGCGCUGGGACUCUGUGACGCGCUCUCCCGUCUACUCCCAGUUCGCGGAGGCACUGAACGGGCUGGCAACCAUAAGGGCGUACAGGGCAGCGCAGCGCAUGGCGGCCAUGAACGGGCGAGCCGUGGAUCGCAACACGCGCUUCACACUCGUCAGCAUGAGCGCCAACCGCUGGCUCGCCAUCCGCCUCGAAUUCCUGGGAGGGCUCAUGAUCUUUGCCACGGCGGUGUUUGCAGUGAUGGACGUGCAGCGGGCGGGCGACCAGGCAGCACUGGCGCCGGUGAUGGGACUCAUUCUGUCGUACGCGCUGCAAAUCACUGCCAUGAUGACCAUGGUGCUGCGCCUGCUCUCCGUUGCUGAGAACUCUUUCAACGCGGUGGAGCGGGUGGGCAGUUACGCCGACAUCCCCGCCGAGGCGCCGGCCAUCAUUCCGAGCCACCGCCCGCCGCCCGGGUGGCCGCAGCAGGGGGAGGUGUUAUUUGAGGACGUGGUGAUGCGGUACAGGCCGGACCUGCCGCCCGUGCUGAGAGGGCUCAGUGCCCUGGUGCAAGGGGGAGAGAAAGUCGGUGUGGUGGGGCGCACUGGGGCAGGCAAGUCGUCCCUGUUCAACUCGCUCUUCCGAUUGGCCGAGAUCGAGAGCGGGCGCAUCUGCAUCGACGGUCAGGAUCUGAAGCUGUUUGGAGUGACGGACGUGCGCCGUGCGCUCAUGAUCAUCCCGCAAACGCCCGUACUCUUCACUGGCACAUUGCGGUUCAACCUGGAUCCGUUCAGCGAGCGCAGUGACAGCGAGGUGUGGGAGGCGCUGGGGAGGGCGCACCUGAGGGAGGUGGUAUCUCGCAUGCCGCUGGGGCUGGAUACAGAGGUGGCGGAGGGAGGGGAGAACUUCAGUGUGGGGCAGCGGCAGCUGAUCAGUCUCGCCCGAGCGCUGCUGAAGGAGUCGCGCAUUCUGGUGCUGGAUGAAGCGACGGCAGCCGUUGAUGUGGGCACGGAUGCGCUGAUCCAACGGACGGUGCGCGAGGAGUUCAAGGGGCGCACCAUGCUGACCAUCGCCCACCGGCUCAACACCAUCAUGGAUAGCGACCGGAUCCUGGUCAUGGAUGCUGGCAUGGCCCUGGAGUACGACACGCCGGCCAACCUGGUGUUGAAUGAAAACAGCAUCUUUGCAGCCAUGGUGCGAAGCACGGGGCCUCAGACCGCCAAGUAUCUGCGCAGUGUGGCGCUGGGGGAGGUGGCGCUAGCAGACGAGCUUGCCGGCCGGGCGGCGGCGCAGGAGAAGCAGAUGGCGCGCGAGGCGGCCAAGUGGCGGUGGGCCACUGCCGCCCAGUGGGCGCUGGCUCUCACGCUCACGUCUUCCCAGAGGGACUUGCAGGCCAUGUGUAACGACAGUGAGGGGGAGGAGGGAGAGAGCGACGCACUUGUGGUAGUCACACAACCGCCAACUUUCCAGAGAGGUGUGCUAGAAGAGACAAGGGAUGCCGCCCAGGUGCUGCAGGCGGUGCUGUCGGGGCAGCGCAGCGAGGAGAUCUCGUCAGCGCUGACGAGGCGACAGCUGUCGGAAGACAAGUGGUGGACGGCUGUCAGCCGCGUGGUGCAGGGCCUAGGCCUCAUGGCGAAGCAGGUGCAGGCGAAGCUCGAGGCAGAUGGCAGUCUGCGGGACUCCGCCAGCUCAGCAGGGGCGGCGGCGGGCGGCAGGUGGACGCAACUGGCAGCAACGGGGGAGGAGAUGGCAGGCGGCAGAGUGGUGUGA